AAGUAAUCCUCUAAAUCCUGAUAUAUGUAAUGCUCAAGUUAUUUAGAAUAGAAGAGAAAUUAGAAACCGAAAAUCAGGCUCAUUCUGUUAGAUCUCUUUUAAAAAGUUUUGAUUAAGAUCAGGAGGUCAUCCUACGCGAUGUUUAAGAAAAUAAACAAUCUAAACAAAUCGAUCAGAGAAGUAUAAUGAGUCUUCUAUUGGACACUAAAAACAGGUACGUUUAAUUAGCAUCACAUUUCCUAGACCUAGUCAGACUUGUAAUAUCGGGCCGAAAAUAAGGGCUAUAAGUUUUCAAAGUAACAAGCCAAUGAUGAAUCUCAAAGAGGACAGCCCAGUGUUUAUAGAUAGUCAUAGUGAUCAUGCUGGAUUUAGCAAUAAAAUUUGGAGAACAAAAGCGUUAGAAAUCCUGAUGAUUACUCUGAGAUUCAUUAGUUUUAUCACUAAAUCAAACUUUGCUACCAGUUUUAAAUUAAUCAAUAAAAAUGUCUUUGAAAUAAUAGGUGAUGUAUCGGCUGACUUUACAUAUUACCUAUUAAAAAACUUCUUUAAAUACGAAGUAAUAUUGAUGAAUUAUCCUUAUUAUAGAAACCAACAGGAUUUUAAAAAGGACAACACUUCUUAAAUUAAACCAUAUUAAUUCCAUUACGCAAAACUAAACUGCUUAAGAUAUAUUGUGGAAAUCAGAAAUUAAUUAUGAGACCUGAGUCUUUGGCUUCAAUUUGGUGGAACAUAUACAUACUUACCAUCUUGAAUAUUAACGUCCUUUAUGUAUCCAUCAAAAUUGCAUUCAAAUUCGAUGAGCAAUCCUAAGAUGACUUCUAUUAAGCAAGACAAAUUAUCUUUGAUGUCCUACCAUCGUAUUCAUUUAUGCUUGAAAUUCUUUUGAAAUUCAAUACAUGCUACUAUUAUAAGGGAGCGGUAAUUGAAAACCGAUAUCAAAUUGCGAAAAAUUACUUACGCUCAUGUAAUUAAAUAUAUGCAUUAUAUAAUAGCAUUCUUCUUUGACAUAUUUGUAGUGAUCCCUUAUUUUAUAAGUUUAAGAUUUGAUUUGUAAUAUUUGGACUUGGUGAUCAUAUUGAAAGUGUUUUAAAUCACUAAAUUUUCCAGAACCCUUUUCGAUAGAUUAGAAUUGACAGCCAUUUAAAUUGUUAUAGUUGAUUUAGUUAAAUUAGGAUACACAAUAUUGGCAGCUGCCCAUUUUUCAGCAUGCAUUUGGUUUUUAGUGGGGUCUACUGGAAAUCCAGACGACACAUCUUGGAUCAAAGCUCAGAAUAUAGAAAAUGAAUACUGGUUUAAUUAAUAUCUUCAUUCCUUUUAUUGGAGCAUCAUAACAAUGACUACUAUUGGUUAUGGAGACAUAACCCCUCAGAAUUUGAGAGAAAGAGUGUUUGCCGUUGGAAUGGCUUUAUCUGCAGUAGGAGUUUUUGGCUAUUCUAUUGGUAAUAUCAAUUCAAUCUAUGCUGAAUGGAGUAGACAAAGUUUUCAGAUAAGAACUGAUAUGAAUAACCUUAAAAAAUUUAUCAGGAUUAAAGGGAUUAAUAAACAUUUAGCUGAGAAGAUCAGAAAAUAUUUCGAAUAUGUUUGGAGUGAUCAGAUGGAAGACAAUGAUAGAGAAGUUUACAAAUUCAGUGAAUUGAUUCCAAAAUAAUUGGCUGAAGAAAUGAAAAUUGAUACAAAUAUGAAGUUGAUUUAAAAGAAUAGCUUCCUUGUAAACAAUUUUAGUGAAUAAUUCUUAAUAUCCUUAUCUAAAGUGUUGAUAGAAGAGAAAUUUGUGCCAGAAUCUACAAUAUAUCUUGUAAAAUUGAUUAAUAUUUAAUAGUAAAAUGAUCCGAGUAAUUAUCUCUAUCUUUUAUCUAACGGAAGUCUCUCUUUUUACAUAACAUUGAAUAACAAACAAUAAACAAUAAAAGUGCUGGAAACAAUUAAAAAUGAAGGAUAAGCUUUUGGUGUUUUAGAGUUCUUUUAGUCGUAGGCUUAUCAGAUGUCUUGUAAAUCAAACUAAUUUUCAUAUGUCUUAAAAAUCGACAAGUCUCAAUUUAUGGAAAUCAUAUCUUAACAUAAAAAUGAUUAUGUAACAUAGAUCAACUAUCUUAGUAUAAAUACUGUGAAUUAGUUCAAUAGAUCUCAUUUAUGAACUAAUAAGAAUUAGUAGAUGUGACAUGCAGAGCCUGCAACAAAUCAACACAUAUCAUACUUGAAUGCCCGUAAUUAUUUGAUCUAUGACUUAUUAGUAUGGUGUGUGGCUACCCAAAUAGAUCAAAGGUAUUGCUGAAUUACAGAAGAAAUGUCCCCUCCGAUAGAGUUAAAUAUGCGAGAAAAUUGGAACGCAAGAUUCAAACGAGAAGAGAAUCAUCAGAUAUCUAAAAUAGUAUCUAUUUGUAUAUGUGCAAAACAUAAAUGUUGAAGGAACAGAUAGAUAAGUAACACUAUUCAGGGGGAAGUUAUGAUGAAGGUAAUAAUUGAAUCGAUUAAAUUGUCUAUAGGAGCUAGUGUUUUGGAGGAUGGAAACGAUGGAAUUCUUGAAUAUGCGGAGAAAGCAGAUAAGGAGUUAAAAAGUAAUGCACUAUUAGCUCCGUUAAGGACAUAGAUGACACAAUAUCAACUGUAGAGGAAAUUAUCAUUCUAAGCCUGCACAGAUGCUUUACAGGAUGAUGAAAUUGUAUUAUCCAUUUUAUAUAAUGUAUAGAGGAAUAGAAUCCUAGAAAUAAUUAAUUAGAUUUAGAAAGCUGAGAGAUCUAAUAAAUACUAGAGUAGGUUUAAUUAAGGGCCAUAGCAGUUAUAGCCGUAUCUUAGAGUCGAAAAUCAUCAAAAUACUCUUCUGAGCAAUAAGAGUAUCUAGGAUCCAGAGAAGAGGAUGGGAGAAUUCUAAAGGGGUGAUCAAAAGAAAUCAACUAAACAAGUGGCAAUAAAGGUCAAUGAUUUCUCAAAAGGACAAUUAUAUGCUAAUCGAACAUUGGAUGAAGAUCCAGGAAAAAAGCUUGGUCAAUAUUUGGACAUUUUUGAAGGGUUUGAGAAAGUGAGGAAUUUUGAAUAUUUUUUGAAGCAUAACAAUGCAAAUGAAAUAGCUCGAUUAUAUAAAGUGAAUAAAAUUCAAAGAAAACAUAAAUAAACAAAAUGA